AUGGAGGCUCCUGAGAUCCUCAACGUACGUCCGCACAAGCCUGGGUCUGUGAGAUCCUACUCACCCACUAUUGUCCUCGACGACGCGGCACUGGAGGCCGAGAUGUACAGAAAGGGCAUGAGACAGGAAUUGGAUGACGAGCCCAAUGAUAUUCACCAGACGGUCGAGGAGCAUAUUCGGCAGCUCAAUUUGGGCCUGGACGAUCGGCCUUCCAGCGCACUCAGCGCGCGACUGUCUAAUAAAGCCUUGCGCCCGGACCCUGAACUUCCUCUCCUCCAAGCGACAAAUCCUUACGACGGCACCGAUCAGUUACUCCCUGUACCAGAGGAAGAUGAAGCCGAAGGCUCCUACGACCUCGUCGCACCAUAUGAAGAAGAUCCGGCUCCACGCCACACCCUCGAGCGCCAGGCGGACUUGAUGUUCUCCAGAGAGCAUAUGGUGGCCAUUCUCAAUAGUCCACGCUAUUUAGCCCAAUUUCGCGAAUUUCUCAUCUCCGAGCGACCAAAGUCACUCCAUACCCUUAUUUACUACUUGAACGCGCGCAAGGCCUUGAAAGCGCUACACUACGCCAAUGCACUGGUCCGCCUCUCGGUCGAUGUGCCCACGGCAGGCAUCGACACGGCCAAAGAGCCCGUAGGACUCACGACAAAUCCAGCCCUCGAAGCGCGCGUUGAGCGCGCACUCGAUGCCCUCACGGCGGAAGAGUUGCCCGCAUUUAUCACGUCGAAUUGCAUCAAUGUCACCGGCAAGGUUGUUGAGGAACGGAUACGCGGGACACUCCCCGACAAAUUUCAAGGCACGGCCGAUCAGCUCGCAGAGGUGUUUUGUCUAACUGAUCCCUCUCGGCCGGAUAAUCCGAUCAUCUUUGCCUCUGCAGAGUUUCACCGUGCGACGCAAUAUGGAAUGGACUAUGUGCUAGGGCGCAAUUGCCGUUUUUUGCAAGGACCCAACACCAAUCCUAACAGUGUCCGGCGAAUUCGCGAAAGCGUCGCGGCAGGCCGUCACCACUCGGAAUUAUUUCUUAACUAUCGCCGUGAUGGCUCGCCUUUUAUGAAUCUACUUCAAACAGCCCCGCUCUGCGAUAGCAAGGGCAAUAUCCGCUAUUUCAUCGGCGCCCAGAUCGACGUAUCCGGUCUCACCAUGGAAGGUGCCCAGAUGGAAUCCUUCCAGAGCCUCCAAGGCGAAAAUGAUGCGCCAGAGAACGAUCACGCCAGCCUACGGUCAUCAAAGACGCCCUCGACAAACAGAGCCUCAUCAACGCACAAAGCGCCUGCAACGAAGAAGACCGAGUUCCAAGAACUAGGCGAGCUGUUCAGCCCCAGAGAGUUGCAGACUGUACACGAUCACGGCGGCAAAUUAUUCCAUCCAUCUGUGGACCACCUCAACGGCGGGAAUGGCCGACUCUGGCUGCAAAGUCCUGGAGAGGAGAGCGAGAUGCGCUUCCCGGGCUCCGGGAACUCUCCCGGAUCUAACCCAAGCGGCUCCUUGACUGGCGUGUAUAAAAACUACCUCCUUGUCCGACCCUACCCAUCCCUCCGUAUCCUAUUCACCUCACCUUCCCUCCAAAUACCCGGCAUGCUGCAAUCGUCCUUCCUGGCCCGCAUCGGCGAUUCAAACGAAAAGCGCGAAAGUAUCCUCCACGCCAUGAUGACCGGUCGUAGUGUGACGGCCCGCAUCAAAUGGGUCACUCGCUUCAGCGACCAGGGUCGAUAUCGGUGGAUCCAUUGUACCCCGUUACUCGCGAAUAAUCGCGAAGUGGGCGUUUGGAUGGUUGUGGUCAUCGAUGACAGGGAUGAAGAAUUAGUGAGGUGGAGGGGGAACUGGCCGCGGGCGUGA